AUGGCUACCAGCGCAGAUCAGAGCCACCGAGGCGGCAAAGCCCAAACAAACUUUACCAUGAUCCAGGCCUUUGAAUGGUACAGUGCGGGAGGAGGAAAGCAUUGGCAGACUGUCAAGUCACAUCUGUCUGACUGGGCAGAUUUUGGUCUAACCUCGAUGUGGCUGCCUCCGCCUACCAAGGGCUCGUCGACUGAAGGAACUGGUUACGACGUUUAUGACUUGUAUGAUCUCGGCGAGUUCGAUCAGAAAGGCAACAAGAGGACCGGUUGGGGUAACAAGGAGGAAUUCAUCGACCUUAUCAAGACCGGCAAGGAGCUUGGAAUCAUUACCUACAUCGUACGACCGAGACUGAUGAUGUGCACAUGUAUGAUAGAUGCUGUCCUCAAUCAUCGCCUCGGUGCAGAUGAGAGCGAGACCUUCAAAGCGACGGAAGUGGCCAAUGACGAUCGUACCAAGAACCUUGGCGAGCCCUACGAUAUUGAGGGCUGGACGAAAUUCAACUUUGCCGGUCGGGGCGACAAGUAUUCCAAGAUGAAGUACAACUUUAACCAUUUUACCGGGGUAGAUUUCGAUAACAAGACGGGGAAAAAGUCGAUCUUCAGGAUCGAGGGGGAGAACAAGUAUUGGGCCGAGGCGGUCGAUUCCGAGAACAAGAAUUACGAUUAUCUCAUGGUACGUUGGCGGUCGGCCGCUUCGUAUUGCCUCGUCCUCGGUGACAGAAAGACUAAUCCUCUGCAUACUCCAUUUGACUUUCGAUUUGACCACGCUCACGGUGAUGUCAAGCAAGAUAUCCUCAACUGGGGAUCUUGGGUCUUGAAAGAGACUGGAGCCAGUGGAUUCAGAUUCGAUGCCGUUAAGCACAUCGACGUCGGGUUCAUCUCCGAAUUUGUCGAACAUAUUCGUAAAGAGAGCAACAACCCCGCCAUGUUCUGCCUCGGAGAAUACUGGAAAGAUUCGUUUGAGACGAACAACUCGUAUCUGAACAAGAUCGGUCAGCAAUUCUCUUUGUUCGAUUGCCCACUCCACUACAACUUCAAGGAAGCCGGUGAUAGCCAUGCCGACUUUGACAUGCGCAAGAUCUGGGACGGUAGUAUCGUCCAGAACAGGCCGAUCGACGCGGUAACCUUGGUCGACAACCACGAUACCCAAGUUGGACAAGCGCUACAAUCUUGUGUAGCUUCCUGGUUUAAGCCACUCGCCUACGCCCUAAUCCUUCUGCGGGUUGAUGGCUACCCCUGCGUCUUCUACGGCGACCUUUACGGUUGUCAGGGCGAGAACCCUCAGCCGCCGGUCAACCAGUUGAGCGAUCUGAUCAGGGCUCGAAAGUUGUUCGCGUAUGGUGAAUUGCGAGACUACUGGGACCACCCGAACUGCGUCGGAUGGGUCAGAGCUGGAUCCGAAGGAUAUAGCGGUUGCGCUGUGGUUAUGUCGAACGGAGAGGGCGGCAAGAAGAGGAUGGAAGUGGGCAAGGAACACGCUGGUGAGAAAUGGACAGACAUUCUCGGAUGGACUCAGGGCGAGGUAGAGAUUGGCGAAGACGGCUGGGCCGAGUUUACCUGUCCUGGCGAGAGUCUAGGUGUCUGGGCUCACGAGCAGGCAAAGGGACGAGAGGAGUUUGGCAAAUAG